UCCCGAGGUGCACCUGAACGCAGCGCACAGUGUUUCGAUGGUCCUUAUUUUGAAGUUGUCCUCAAACGCCUCUCUGCGCGUUUCCUUCCUGCUCAAACUUCCCUUAUCUCUUUUAUUCUGAGCGUAAAGUUUGCUGAUCGUCUUUGUCAGGUGAAGGUAGAGUGAGUGUAAGUGUGUGUGAGCUGAAUUGAGCAGCAUGGAUCAGUGUGAGGACAGAGAGGAGGGAGUCCCUCCCUCUAAAAGCACUCUGUGUGGGGAACAUGAGAGCCAGACCAAAGCUCAGAGGAACCAGCCUGGACCUCCACCCAGCUGUGUGUGCUGUAAGAGUAACCUGUCUGCAGAUCGUCCCAUUAAUUUUAAAGUCCGGCCUCUGUCUGCUGCAGAGAGAGUGGACCAGCAGAGCUCAGAGGUUCCCAGUGGUCAGUCUGCCCAGCAGCAUCAAACACAGCUGGACUCCAUAUUUAUGCUGCUGGAGGACAACAUCAUCACUUUUGUGAAGAACGAGCUGAAGAAGAUCCAGAAGGUUCUGAGUCCAGAUUACCCAGAAUGCUUAGAGAGUCAGAGGAGCAGCAGCAGAGAGGCAUUUGUGAAGAUCACAGUGAACUUCCUGAGGAGAAUGAAGCAGGAGGAGCUGGCUGACCGUCUGCAGAGCAUUUGCCAACGUAACUUUAAAUCUGCACUGCAGAAGAAGUUCCAGUGUGUGUUUGAGGGCAUCGCUAAAGCAGGAAACCCAACCCUUCUGAAUCAGAUCUACACAGAGCUCUACAUCACAGAGGGAGGAACUGCAGAGGUCAAUGAUGAACAUGAGGUCAGACAGAUUGAAACAGCAUCCAGGAAACCAGACAGACCAGAAACAACAAUCAGACAAGAAGACAUCUUUAAAGCCUCACCUGGAAGAGAUGAACCAAUCAGAACAGUGCUGACAAAGGGAGUGGCUGGCAUUGGGAAAACGGUCUUAACACAGAAAUACACCCUGGACUGGGCUGAAGACAAAGCCAACCAAGACAUCCAUUUCAUAUUUCCAUUCACUUUCAGAGAGCUGAAUGUGCUGAAAGAGGAAAAGUUCAGCUUGGUGGAACUUGUUCAUCACUUCUUCACUGAAACCAAAGAAGCAGGAAUCUGCAGCUUUGAAGACUUCCAGGUUGUGUUCAUCUUUGAUGGUCUGGAUGAGUGUCGACUUCCUCUGGACUUCCACAAAACUACAAUCCUAACUGAGCCUAGAAAGUCCACCUCAGUGGAUGUGCUGCUGAUAAACCUCAUCAGGGGGAAACUGCUUCCCUCUGCUCGCCUCUGGAUCACCACACGACCUGCGGCAGCCAAUCAGAUCCCUCCUGACUGUGUUGGCAUGGUGACAGAGGUCAGAGGGUUCACUGACCCACAGAAGGAGGAGUACUUCAGGAAGAGGUUCAGAGAUGAGCAGCAGGCCAGCAGGAUCAUCUCCCACAUCAAGACAUCACGAAGCCUCCACAUCAUGUGCCACAUCCCAGUCUUCUGCUGGAUCACUGCUACAGUUCUGGAGGAUGUGCUGGAAACCAGAGAGGGAGGACAGCUGCCCAAGACCCUGACUGAGAUGUACAUCCACUUCCUGGUGAUUCAGGCCAAAGUGAAGAAGGUCAAGUAUGAUGGAGGAGCUGAGACAGAUCCACACUGGAGUCCAGAGAGCAGGAAGAUGAUGGAGUCUCUGGGAAAACUGGCUUUUGAUCAGCUGCAGAAAGGAAACCUGAUCUUCUAUGAAUCAGACCUGACAGAGUGUGGCAUCGAUAUCAGAGCAGCCUCAGUGUACUCAGGAGUGUUCACACAGAUCUUUAUAGAGGAGAGAGGACUGUACCAGGACAAGGUGUUCUGCUUCAUCCAUCUGAGUGUUCAGGAGUUUCUGGCUGCUCUUCAUGUCCAUCUGACCUUCAUCAACUCUGGACUCAAUCUGCUGGAAGAGCAAAAGGCAACAUCUGUGUUGUUUAAAUCAUCUUUCCACCAGAGUGCUGUGAACAAGGCCUUACAGAGUUCAAAUGGACACCUGGACUUGUUCCUUCGCUUCCUCCUGGGUCUUUCACUGCAGACCAAUCAGACUCUCCUACGAGGUCUGCUGACACAGACAGGAAGUUGCUCACAGGCCAAUCAGGAAACAGUCCAGUACAUCAAGGAGAAGCUCAGUGAGAAUCUGUCUGCAGAGAAAAGCAUCAAUCUGCUCCACUGUCUGAAUGAACUGAAUGAUUGUUCUCUAGUGGAGGAGAUCCAACAAUACAGGACUUCAGGAAGUCUCUCCACAGGUAAACUGUCUCCUGCUCAGUGCUCAGCUCUGACCUUCAUGUUACUGUCAUCAGAAAAAGAUCUGGAUGAGUUUGACUUCAAGAAAUUCUCUGCUUCAGAGGAGGCUCUUUUGAGAAUGCUUCCAGUGGUCAAAGCCUCCAAAAAAGCUCUACUGAGUGGCUGUAACCUCUCAGAGAGAAGCUGUGAAGCUCUGUCCUCAGUUCUCAGCUCCCAGUGCUCUUGUCUUAGAGAGUUGGACCUUAGUAACUGUGACCUGCAGGAUUCAGGAGUGAAGCUUCUUACUGCUGGUCUAAAGAGCUCACAGUGUGUAGUGGAAAUUCUCAGUCUGUCAGGCUGUCUGAUCACAGAGGAAGGCUGUACUUCUCUGGCCUCAGCUCUGAGCUCCAACCCCUCCCAUCUGAGAGAGCUGGACCUGAGCUACAAUCAUCCAGGAGACUCAGGAAUGAAGCUGCUUUUGGCUGGAGUGAAGGAUCCAGGCUGGAGGCUGGACACUCUCAGACUUUCAGGAUGUAACCUAUGUGAGAGAAGCUGUGAAGCUCUGUCCUCGGUUCUCUGCUCCCAGUCCUCUUGUCUGGAAGAACUGGACCUGAGUAAUAAUGACCUGCAAGAUUUAGGAGUAAAGCUUCUGUCUGCUGGCUUGAAGAGUCCAAUUUGUACACUGAAAACUCUCAGGCUGUCAGGCUGUCUGAUCACAGAGGAAGGAUGUACUUCUCUGGCCUCAGCUCUGAGCUCCAACCCCUCCUAUAUGAAAGAGCUGGACCUGAGCUACAAUCAUCCAGGAGACUCGGGAAUGAAGCUGCUGUCGGCUGGACUGAAGGAUCCAUGCUGGAGACUGGACACUCUCAGGGUGGAGCCUGCUGGAGUCGGAUGGUUGAGACCAGGUCUGAGGAAGUAUUCCUGUCAACUCACAAUCGACACAAACACAGUUCACACAAACCUUCAACUGUCUGACAACAACAGGAAGGUGACACAUGUGAAGGACAUUCAAUCAUAUCCUGAUCAUCCAGACAGAUUUGAUUCUUGGGCUCAGCUGCUGUGUAGAAAUGGUCUGACUGGUCGCUGUUACUGGGAGGUUGAGUGGCGAGGAGACGUUUAUAUAUCAGUGAGUUACAGAAGAAUCGGAAGGAAAGGAGAGAGUGAAGACUGUGGGUUUGGUUGUAAUGGUCAGUCCUGGAGUCUGAACUGCUAUGAUGAUGGUUCCCAGUGUGUCUGGCACAAUAACCGAGACACAUAUGUCUCCACAUCUUCCUCCUCAUCCUCUAUCUCUGGUAGAGUAGCAGUGUAUGUGGACUGUCCUGCUGGCACUCUGUCCUUCUACAGAGUCUCCUCUGACACUCUGAUCCACCUCCACACCUUCAACACCACAUUCACUGAAACUCUUUAUCCUGGAUUUAGACUCCAUCCUGAUUCGUCAGUGUGCCUGUAA